AUGGAUCAUAUUGAAAAAGAAAUGAAUUUCUUUAGAAUAUUUCCAUCUCCAUCUCCAUCGUCUAUCGUUAGCAAUGGUACAAGAGAUGGGUUCCAAGUUUCUUCAUUCCAUUUCAAAUGUGAUGGAAAGGGACCAACUAUUACAUUGGUCAAAUCAAAUAAUGGAAAUGAAUUUGGUGGAUACAAUAGUCAAUCUUGGAAUUCAAGUACCAAUACAUAUUAUUGA